UUGUAAUUUCGAGUUUCUCGUAUGAGAAAAAUAAAAGUUCCCGCGCAGUUAAUGGUGUAAUAAGUUUUGAUUAUUUUUUCAUUAGCAGUUCCAUAUCCGUUUAGCGCUCCACUGAAUCUCCAGAUGACUACGUAUACCCAUGGAAUAAUGGAAGUCAGUUCACAAGCAGUGCCAUUCCUGCCCGACGGGGACAGCUUUCACGACAGUCUGUACUGCGAGAACUGUCAGUGUUUCCUACGGUAUCCGUGCUGGCAGCACGCAGUCGUUGUUGAGGACGCAUUCAGUCGUCCGUUGGCCAUCGCCAGUUUGCCAGAUGUCUUGUCGUUCCACAACGAAAACGCACUGCACAACGUCGGGCACUCUUUGGAGAGCAGAACACAAGCCACAAUUCCGUCGGUCGUUGCAAGAACGAACAUCCUUACGCAGACAGUGUUCGGACCGUUGAUUGCGCCGCUGGGCAGUCCGACCGGAGCUCAUUCGCGGACAUUCUCGUCUUCAGACGGGCAAUGUGUGACGUUCGAUGUGGAGAACGAUCGUUGGUGCAACUGGAUGAAGUUCGUCAGGGCUGUGGACCACGGCCAGCACAACCUCUGUGUCUUCAUCCGAGAACGGAAGGUCCUUUUUGUCACUGUCAAGGUCAUCCUGCCCGGCGAAGAGCUUAAGCUGGCGCUGCCCCAGCGUGACUGGAGAACAAUUCACGACACUAAUGUGCAAUGUGCACCUAUGGAUUGUGUAAUCGACGGGGCUGUCGAUAGUGACGAUAUCUGCACGGCAGAAUGCGAGGGCACUGCGGAAAUAACGUCGCUGGACAUUCCGCUCAGUUUGCCGGCUUCCUGCUUCUCAGCUUCCGUGCAGCCUGUACCGUAUGACCCACUCCUUCUCCUUCCACAGUCCCAGCCGCUGCCCCUUGAAUCGCAUGAACAUAAUCUCUCUGCAACGCAGUUGUCGUUGCGCCCUUUUCAGAGAGAAGAGUCACCCGAGUAUCCGUUUCCUCCCGCUUUAUCUCCACGGGCUCCACCUGUAGAUGCUUUCAAGGAAAACGUUGCCCUUCAGCAGAAGAAAACUGAUGAGGUUGCGGAACGUGUUCUGUCGAAAGAGUUUUCUCCACGCGUCUAUUCCUUCCGCUCACGCAAUGUGCAACGCGUCAGCAUAGCCUCCAACGGCGCGGAUGCCUUCGAUGGUGAAGCCGAUGAAGAUUUUCAUGUGCCUUCGGAUGACUCAUUGUCCUCUUCCGCAUCUGAUGGUUGCAGUGAAUUUGAAGCAGGUUUGGCCGGAACGGCGGAAAACAAAGCAAAAGGGUUACUGUCAAAGAGGCGAACGGGUUACUGUCGAUCUGACAAAUUCCUGGAAGCCAGAAUUCGUCAGGUGAGGGCCGUGGUUGCGGUGAAUCCCUUCCAGUAUCCUAGCGGAGAGCAACGAUGGGAAGCUUAUUCUGCCGCUGCGGCCCUGCUGUCGGCAGACGUGCUGUCCAAGAAAAGCUGCCGGUCGACGGGCAGACAUUGCGAAAAAACACGGAAAGCCGACUGCAUCGGUUCAAAAUAGCCGAAAGCUAUAAUCGGUUAAGUAGGAUGACUCCAGAACACUUUGACCUCAUGAAGGAGCUAGCUGAUUUAAGCGACAGAGGACGCCAAGAUUGUACGUGCGACGAAAGAACGCCAGAAAGCGGACGCGGAGGUUUGAGAGGCCAGAAAAAGAUACGAAAAUUAAGAGCGGUUAUACAAACUAAUCCCUUCCAGUUUUGUUCACCUGCUGAACGUCAAGCCGCUUGGAAAGCGGCGCGGCAGUCGUAUCUAGAUGAGGAGGGCUCGUGCUGCUGCAAAAAACAGAAAAGCCGGUCAAAACCGGUACACCUGCAGCAGUAUGUGCAGAUUCAUUUGGAUGGUUAUCCCAGACUGCUGGAUCGCUACAACCACGAUUCCGCCGAUGAUAAUGAGCGCGAAUAUAUGGGGCUCAUGCAGGAGAUUGCGAAAUUGGCGGGGAAGGAUGGCAGUGGUAAUUUGGAUAUCUUAACCGAGCAGAAAAAUGGGGAGGCAAUUGCUGCAAACGGCGCAACGCGCAAAAAUCUUCCCCUUACGAGACCGCGUCCAAAUAAAAAGGGCUAUCAACAUGACAAAUUUUUCCCCAGUUACACGUAUCGCUUCGUGUGCUGGGAGUGCUCUGUGCAUUUCAAGGACGAAAAUUUAUUGAAACUGCAUAAAUUGCAGCAUGCUGAGACAUCCGGUGAAGCUGCCGGCUCGCACGAUUGUCCAGUGUGUGACCGAAUAUUUGGCAAACUGCAAAAUUUAUUAAUGCAUGUUCUGGACCACAGCGUGAAAGCCGCGCAGAUAACGCAUUUCAUCCCAACUGCUGAUCCCAGCAUCAUGUGUUUCGCAUCCAAAUCGGCCGCUCCGAUGGAUGUGCUGGCGCAGAGUCAUGACGGGCAUGAAUUGUGUUUCAUGUACAGCUGCGGAUUGAAUAACUGCGGACUCCGAUUUUGCACGGAGGCGAUGGCUGAUUUGCACCAGCUGAGUCACAACUUGCCGGAUGAUUAUCAAGGCGAUACUGUCUGUGCCGGAUGCAACUACGUAGCUGCAAAUGCGGGGGACUUGUUAAAGCAUGUCGGUCGGCAUGCAGCGAAGGCGAACGAUCGCAAACUAUGUCGUGUGUGUGGGGAUUUUGUGGAGCUUAUGGUCGAACACGUCCGAUCCGUGCACAAGGAACACUAUCUGCAGUACGAAGCGCGUUUGACUCUUUUUUGCGACCAGUGCGAGAAACGAUUUCGGACACCUAUACAUCUCGCCACCCAUAAAGCAUGUGCACCAGAACACCGAAGUUUAGAAGUGCUAGGAUGUCUGGUUUGUGCUCAACAGUUCCCGUCGUCCCUUCUGCUGCAUGCACAUAUAAAAAAGGAGCACACAACGGGUUUGACAUGUAUGAUUUGCCAGAAAAGCUAUUCAAAGUACCUUAAUUUACAACAGCACUCAAAAACCCACAAGGAGGUCCAUGUUUGCAACAUCUGUGGCGCGGUAUUCCGCUCUAAGUAUUAUCUAGUUCAGCAUGAGCCCGUUCACCGGUCCGAUUAUUCCUUUAAAUGUGAUUUGUGCGACAAGACAUUUAAGCGAUCAAGCAACCUGUGGCAGCAUAAAAUGAUCGUUCACACGGAUAAAGUGCGGAAACAACGCAAAGCUAAACGGGAAGAAAUGCGUCGGAAGGGAGUGGUCAGCAAGUACAAAUGCCCGCGGCAGAGAAUGCGCUUCGAAGAGUUCCCGUAUAAAUGUGAGGAAUGCCGGCUCGGCUGGAUGCUGCUGGGCAAUCUGCAGCAGCAUCAACGGAAGAAACAUUCCCAGAGUGUCGCAUCUGAAGACACCGGCACGAGUCAGCCGGUGUCCUCUUCCAGUGGAAACGUUUAACCGAAGUUUAAUCGACUGCUUGGCUGUCGUAAAUAAUCGGGUUUUAAACAUUGUUACAUAGCUUUUCCAGUUUUGCACACUACAUUUCUCGUACACAUAAUGUAAAAAUGCGGGAAAGAAAGCAUGAAUUUCUUUGGACAAAUCUUCGACAAACAAUCGAUGCUGUGAUUAUCUGUAUUUGCGUUCCUGCUCUGAAUGCCUUUUUAAAUUUUUUACUGUCAGGAUUUCUUUUUGUGACUGUAAUUUUGUCCCUUGUUAUGCUGUUAUUAGUUGCGUUCGUUUACUGUUUUUGUUGGUCUAGUUCAGUAAGAACUAAAAUGCAAAUCACCAGUGGAUAUGGUCUUCAUAGUUUUUCUUGAAAAUGGCAUCAUCGUAUUGCUU